GGGUGACAACCGAACAGCAUAUCACGCGGCAUUACCCCGCUCAUCAUUCGCUUCCAAUCUUCAGGUUUAGGCUUCAGGUCAUGGCCACGAAGAAGGUCAAGGAGAUGACGACAGCAAAGCCAACAGGCAAGAAAGGCGCCGCAUCAUCGGAAAGCCCCGGACAGAAAGCUUCACGAAUCCUUGGAGAUGGAAACACUCCAGCAAAGAAGCCGGCAACCGAAACCAAAGGCUCUAGAGCAGAUAUGCCAAAAGACAUUAAGAUCGCCGAGAUCCACGAGGACGCCAAGGCCAGCCCCGAUCGUGGAGCAGCGAAGAGGACGAAGGCCUCGCCAUCUCAACCUCCGUCCAGUGGAAGACCGUCUCCCGCUAGGGUACAUUCCCUUGAGGCCGGCCGCGCGAACAAUCCUGAGGUACCUGUCGGAAGCACCGUGCGGAACGUACAGCAAUCCACCUUAAAGAACAAUCCACAACAGCAGCGAGAACCAGCGGAGAAUGGAAAAGUGGAUGUUAAGCGAAAUAAGCCAAAAUCACCUGCUUCCAGGAAAGACGUGAACCAUGCCCUCGAGCUUACUCCAGCCAAAAAGCCAAGAACAGGACAUAAGGCAUCCUACGGUAAAGGCUCCAGCCCAGACGUGCCAAAGGACAUGAACAAGAAUGGCAAGGGAGGACCUGGCGGUGCAGCAGCAAAAACCACAAGUGCUUCAGUACCCGAACCAUCAAGCAGGGCGGGGUAUCCACCAGGUCUGCCACCUAGAUCUCAAAUGAAGUUCCUUGCCGACGAAAUAGAUCGCUUGAACCGGAACUUUGUCGAGGAAAGCCCUCCGGAGACGCCGGAGCCACGGAAGGCAAAGGUCAAGUCGAAACAGAAGCCCGCAGCAGCAGGCACUUCAGGUGCCAUCAUGCCAAAGGAAGGAAAAUCGUCGUUUUCUACGAAAGUCACGCCUAGAGCAAGAACUCUGGUGCCCAAGAAUUAUUCAGCAGAAAUCACCCUGUUCGCCAUCGUAAUCAUUGUUGUAGCCUUCGCGGCCGCUGCCUACAUGCAGAGGCGUUACCAGAUGAAGUCCAUGCUGCAAAAUAUGAUCGAAUGCAGAACAGCUGCAUGCCAAAAGAUCCUGCGCGAGGUCGACGACAAGCUGGACAAAAAUAUUCAUCCGUGCGACGACUUCUACGGCUACGUCUGCAACAAAUGGGUAGCGAAUCGACCAUCGAAAAAGGCGGGACUUUUGGCACAUGUAUUGAACAUGUACGACAAUGACCUGACUACGGCGCUCAGAGCUAGGGAGGCCAGGAAACCAGACCGAUGGGGAACUCACGUUAUUGCCAAGCUGUUCGAAGUAUGUUACGACUACAUGACCAAGGACCUUGGGAGCAUCACGGAUGCCAUUUCGCAAGUCAUCGACUUGCUCAACUUUAGUGUGGUCCUCAAUAACCAGAAAGACAUAUUUGCGUUCCUGGUGGAAACGUCCUUGACUCGAAACGUGCACUCAGUCUUCAGAGUUUCCUUUCGUCGAAUGGGGAACUUGGAAUACCUGCAAAUCAUUCCUGGAUACUCCAUAUAUUCGAAGGUACUUCGGGUGAUGACUGAUGAACCUCCAGACGCCAGUAAAGCAAACGAACUUCGCGAGAAGUUAACCAGCAUGACGCAACAUUUCUUGAAUCACCGCCGAGUCAAUUCUAGCAUUGAUCCAAAGGACCUGCUAGCCGUAGAUGACGUGGUAGACAACAUGCUCAAAGAGAGCGCAGCCGAACGCUCCGCGACCUUCACAGAGUUUGCAGAGAUGACGUCUCGUAACAUCACGCAGCAGGUCAUAGACGUGAUCAACCAGAAUGGCCCCCGUGGCUUCAAAGUGGGAUUCAGCAGCGCCAUCAAGGUUGAAUCCUUCGAUCAGAUAAGGUCUAUUCAGGGGCUCUUACAAUUACAGGUGAAGGAUAUGGGGGCGAUGUACCAUAUCACCAACCUCGCCUCUGAUCUACUGGUCUACACCACAUUCAAGGACAUUGCCAAGGAAGACCCUGAUCGCAUACCAUUUAUGUGCCUACGAGCUACAAGGAUUGCUGCCACUGUCACUUGGCAGUUCCUGGUAGCGAGACUAACCGGUCACCUAAGCAGCUCGAAAGCAGCCAAGCAGCUUGCUGAAACUACCAGGUAUGUGGUCGCGGGCGAAACAGUUUUCGAGAAAUUUGACGCACUCCAGCGAGGCAAGGGCAAGGACCUUCUGGCCAAUACGACUCUGAUCACUUACGGAGACGAUGUGUUGGAAUAUCUCGACCAGCGUACAAAUUACAUGUCAUGGACGUUCAGAGGGCACCAACUGUUCGAUGUUUUCGCAGAGGCGGGACAAAAAGAAAAGGCCCUGCUGCGUGAGACCCUGUUUGAAGAGUGGAAAGUCGCAGUCAGCAGGAGCCAGUUGAAUAAAGUGCUCAAAUUUCACGAUCUUGAUGGAUGUCUGACGGUUCCAUCAGCUUACCAAAGUCCUCCUCUUUUUUACUACGAGGAGCAAAGCGAGAUUCCACGUUACAUCAACGCGGCAACCCUGGGCGCCUUGAUCGCAAAAGAGAUGAUACGCGCAUUGGCUGUGCGUUUUAAACCCUCCAACAGGUCAACCGUUCUGCUACAUGAAUCACUGGCAUGCGUCAAGGAAGUUGCCAGAACGCAGGGUCUAGACUUGCACACCGUUACUGGACGUGACUUGUGGGAUCGCGAAGCCGUCCUCUGGUACUUCGCAUCCCGAAUUCUUUACGAAGGACUGAAGCGUGAUACCAUCGACGCGGGACAACCUACAACCGGUAAUAUAUGGAAUGAAACUCGGCAUUACUACUUUAUCCGGUUCUGCACGUUGGCAUGCACACAUGAAAACAACACCAGGGACGGUCCACCGGAGUCUUUCAAAGAGCGCUGUCUUGUACCAGUCCUGAGCAACCCGGACUUUGCAGAUCACUUCGGUUGUGCAGGAAGACCGGCGUUCAACACACACAAGUGUGUUUCUAAACCGAACGCGUGAUUCGUCACUACAACCAACACUGAAAAUGCCCAUGAUAGAAUGUCUCUAUAUCACGUAUAUAAUUGAGAAUAUGCCUUUCA